GUUCAGAUCCCAGGCAGUGAUCCGCACCACAGUUUCUCUCUCUCUGCUGCCGGACUUCCUGAAUCCAGAUGUCAAACUGUGCCAUCAAGGAAACACACCUGUGUCCUGUUUUGUGGUCCAGAUGUGCGUCUCCGUGUCUGGUCACAGAAUCCCGCAGGAAACAGCACUGAGGGCGGAGCUACAGCUGGACAGGAUGAAGCAGCCAAUGGCGAGACGGACUCUGCUGCUGGCGACCAAUCAGCCGCAGGAAACGCUGAGGCUGACCAUUCAGAGGGAGGUGGGCGUGGCCUGUGUCAAUCAGACCGCCUACCUGAGGUCUGAGGAGGAGGUUCGGGAUAAGUUGAGUCCGAUCUUCAUCACAGUCAACAUCAGCCUCCUAAACACUACCCAGAAUGCUUUACUGCACGGACAGACACACGCUGCUGCACAGGUGAGUAUA